UUUGCAUGCCCUUCACACAAAGACAAAAGGCGCCAUUGGCAAUUUUAGCUCAUAUCGAGUUACCAACGAUAUAAGGAACUUGAAAACUGCUUCAAACCGUCUCUUCAACUGGGUUCCUUUUCGACGAGUUAAAACGCAGCGGUAUGGCUUGGUCUAACAUGUUUGGUGUACUAUUAUUUGCAUCGUUUUUUGCUGGUGUACUGUCUCUGAAUUGCUCAUGUGCACACGAUUUUUUAUGUUUCAAUAAACCUAUAACAGAGUGUGCUGGGAGAAGAAUUUGCUUUGCUGCGGAAGUUAGGACAAGUAAUGGUUCAAUAUUAGUCAAGAAAGGAUGCCAGUCUCCUGGUCUUUGUAACCGAUUUGAGCAUUGUAAAACUUCACCCGGCGAGACGUGCCUUAAGUAUGGAUGUUGUUCUACCGACUUAUGCAAAGUUAACUACACUCUCUUUCCGGCAAAGUCUUCGUCCCCAAGCCCCAGCCUCAAUCCUACGCCCUCAGUUGCAAAACCGACGAUGAUGCCAGCAUCCACUUCCGCCUUCGAGCACUCGUCGUCACAAGUUCUCUCUGUUACUGAACCUCUUAUGGCGGUGACAACUUCCUUUGCAUUCUCGACGACAGGCUUACUUCGAACGGAAUUGAUGUCAAGUAAGCCAAUGACGAAGAGAAAUUUUUCGAAAACUGAUGAACCUGUGAUGUCUACCUAUGAUGAAAUGAUGCCAACCGUCAAAAUGUCUAUGACGAAAUUGCAGGAACCAAUGGAAUCAUCCACCAUGUCGAUGCAACCAAAGGAACCAAGGGAAUCAUCCACCAUGUCGAUGCAAGCAAAGGAACCAAUGGAAUCAUCCACCAUGUCGAUGCAAGCGAAGGAACCUAUGAAAUCGUCAACCAUGUCGACGCAAGCGCUGGAGCCAAUGAAAUCAUCCACCAUGUCGUCGCAUGCGCAGAAGGCAACCAAAUCAGCUGCCAUGACGCAAUUGAAGGAACAAAUGGCAUCUCCUUCAACUGAGAUGAACUCAUCUUCGAAAAUUGAAACCUCUUCCAUUUCUUCAGAAUCUAUGCGUAGCACUGGUGUUGUCGUUUUGUUAACAGCAGGCCCCACCGAAGACCUACGUCCGCCGUGCAAAGAUUCUUCCGUGAGCAUGCGCAGUCUGAAUAUACUCGUUCUCAUUGCAAUUUUUUGUUGUUGUAUGUAUUAAAAGCGCGUGUCUUUGUUUCUUCUCAUAAUUUUGUUGAAAAGACACGGUUAUCGCUUGUGAAUUUUUUGUUGAAAGAAAGCUUGUAUUUAGUAAUAGGGAUAUAUGAGAUGUAUGAGAUGUAGCGAUUCACUUUGAGAUAUUCAUCUGUCAGUAUUUAUAGCACAAUAGUAUUUUUAUUGAUGAAUAUGGUGUAACUAAUGCGUAAGGUGUUGACGUUAAAUGUUUUGUUCGACUGGUUUUUUAGGUGACUCUAUUUAUAUGUGAGUAACACAAUAAAGCACUUAACUUCUCA